UCUGUGAUAUAACCAAAUAUUACAAACUAUGCUUUGGGUUUGAUUGAUUUUAUUUCAUAGACAAAAUUAAUAUAAAACUUCCUAUACUAUUUGUUAUAUUUGAUACACAAUAAUUUCCACAAUUUAUUAAUAUCACAAUAUGAACAACCCAAAAAAACGAUUAUUGAUGAUUUUGAGUCAAAAUCUUCGAUUCGUUAGUAGAAGGACUCUCACAUCUGAAGAAAUCACUAGACAAAAUGAAUUAUUUGCUGCUGAAAGAAAAAGACAAUUCGAAAAAAUUGGACGUAUAGAAAAAAUUGAAGUCGAAUAUAUUGGUUCAAAUGAGACAACACAAUUAGUAAUGAACAAAAAUUUAUCAACACCUUAUGACUGCGCUAAACAUUUGGGUGAAACCUUCAUGAAAAGAUCGGUAGUUGCUCUUAUUAAUCAUACCACAUUAUGGCAUAUGCAUAAACCUCUACCUGAUUCUUGCAAAUUAGAAUUAUUACAUUAUCAUUCUCAACCAAAUUAUGUGAAUAAAGUUUAUUGGAGAACAUGCAGUUUUUUGCUAGGAGCUCUUAUCAAUAAUUCAUUUAAGGAUAAUAUUGAUGUGAAAUUACAUAGCUUCCCUAGUGCUAAUGUGCGUUCUGGUAGUUUUGUACAUGACGUUCAACUUUCUCUAGAUAAUUGGAUACCUGAGGAAAAUGAGUUAAAAGUACUUUCAAUUGAAAUGAUUAAGUUCUGUCAACAUAAUCAUCCUUUACAUUGUUUAGAUGUUUCUGUGAAUUUUGCUUUGGAUAUUUUCAAGAAUAAUCCUCAUAAAAAAAAGCAAAUACCUGAUAUUGCUGCAAAUAAUGGUGGUAAAAUUUCAUUAUUCAAAGUUGGUCAACAUGUUGAUAUUUCCAAAGGUCCAAUGAUUACAAAUACUAGUCAUAUUGGUAGAUUUACUGUUUCUAAUGUUCACAAAUUGGAUACAGAUAUCGAUGGUGGCCCUAUUUAUAGAUUUCAGGGAGUCUCUUUGCCAAGUUCUAUUGUUUUAGAUCACUUUUCUUAUGGAUUGCUGGAAGAGAGAGCCAAAGAUAAGAAUCCUGCAAGAAUUCCAGGAGCUCAAGUUACAGUAAAUGAGGAUGAUAGUUUUGUUAGUAAUAUGGCAGUGUAAAUAAUAUAUUUUGAUAUUUAAUACAAAUAUUUCAAUAU